AUGAACCCUGAAAAGAACCUUCCACGAUUCGAAUAUCCCGCCUUCAAUCCUUUGCAAUACGAAUAUCUUGCGGUCCAAGACGGUGAUGGCGAUGCUGAUUCAUCGGGGAUCCAAUACCUCUUUGCCCUCGACCUCCGCGAAUGCCUUCAUCUGCUGCCCCGCUUCAUUGGAAGCAUCGUAGAAGCCAUCCGGUUCUUCGCUGAGGUCCUGGAGGCAUUGCGUCCGGAGCUUGAUUGCCUGACCACAGCAUACUACUUCAAAUCGGACGACAUCAACCGGAAGCAAGGAGCCCGCAUUGAGAAGCUCGCCGAACUCCGCAAUCUGGCGCUGCAACCCAUGCUCGGCCCUAAGGACUCGAAGCUCUAUCCCGCCGAAGCAAAUAUGAUUGUUAUUUUCCUUAACGAUGUUGCCGCUUACACAGACGAUAUUCUUGAGUUGGUCUAUCAGCGUCGCUUCUUCGGUGCUGACAUGAUAUGCGCUAUGGAUUGGACCUAUGACGAGCUGGUGUAA